AUGAAGUGGCCGAGCAAGAAGGGCGAGAUGUGCGGCAUCGCGGUCAUCCAGUUCAUGAUGGCGACGCUGCUGAUGCUGUGCGCCUGCUACCCGCUCGUGCACGACGACCACGCCUUCGAGAUCCUCGUGGGCAUCGCUCUUCCAAGCUUCCAGGAGGUGCACCUGGCGCUGCUGGCCGGGUUCGCGCUGCUCGGCACUUUCGCCCGCCGCUACAUGUACAGCUCGCUGGGCCUCAACAUGCUGCUGGCCUCUCUGCUGCUCCAGUGGGCGCUGCUCUGCAACGGCUUCUACAACAUCCUGCCCGAGGCCGGAGGCCGCUUCGUGGUCACCCUUGCAAGUUUGGUGCGUGCAGACCUGACGGUGUGCACCGUGCUGAUAUCGGCGGGCCUGCUGCUGGGAACGCUGACACCCCUCCAGAUGGUCGUGAUGGGAAUCAUCGAGACGGCCGUCAGCACGGCCACCCAGCGCAUCGGCACCAGAGUCAUCAAGGCGGCGGACGCGGGCGGUUCCCUGUACGUGCACAUGUUCGGCGCCGCCUUCGGACUGGCCGCCGGAAUCACUGUGCGACAUGGGGACGCCACGGCGCAGAGACGCUCCGACACCACAGACUCGUUCGCCAUGCUCGGCACUGUCUUCCUGUGGUGCCUGUGGCCCACCAUGAACGCGGCCACGUCCGUGGGCAUGGCCGAGGUGUCGCGCUGCAUGGUCAACACCUACCUGGCCAUGCUCUCCUCCACCGUCAUGGCCUUCCUCUGCUCGGCCAUCUGCAGCCGGCGCACCAGAUUCUCCUUGGUCCAGGUCCAGAACGCGUCGCUGGCUGGAGGCGUGGCGGUCGGUGCCAGCUGCGACAUGGUGCUCCACCCUGCCGGCGCCAUCGGUGUGGGGCUGGUGUCCGGUGUCGUCUCUUCCAUGAGCUACACCUACCUCCAGCCGCGCUAG